AUGAUGAGCUUCACCAUUUCCGUGGCGCUGCUGCUCCUGGCAGUUCUGAUCCUGGGCAUCCUGUUCGCCUGCCACUGUCUGGGUCCGAGGGCCGCCAACUGGAUGCGGAUGCGAUCCAGCAAGGAGGAGAAGAUCGGACUGUCCAACCACAAGCAGAAGCUCUUCCAUGCCAAUGGCUAUAUGGCCAGUAUACAAUCCGGCUCCGAGUUCCUGCUGAGCACCAGCGGCAGCUUCAAGCGCUUCGACACCAUCGACAAGGAGGACUACAAUCGCUCCCAGCAGACGCACCAGACCCAUCAGACGCACCAGACGCACCUCUUCCUGAUGAACGGCGGCGGUGCGGUUUCGAUAACCGGCUCAUCCAGCGCCCUGCAGGCCACCACCGCCAUGUGGCAUCUGCCGCGCUCGGGCAUCAAGAUACCACCACCGCCCGAUCGACCAGCGCCAUCGCCGAAUAGCGCCGCAGCUGCCGGCAAAACGGUUACCUUCUCCUUGAGCCAGGUGAACGAGGUCACCACGCCCAGCGAACUGGUGACCUCCAACGAGCAGGAGCGUCGCUCCUGCCUGCGCCACAAUGGUGCAUCUGUUGGCGGUGCUGGUGCAGGUGGAGGUGGCGUGCUGCCGCAGCCACUGGAGGCGCCACCACCGCCGCGACUCACCACAUCGACGUCGGUGAACCUGUCGGGCACGGCGAUUCCCAGGCCCAUUGCCAAGCGGCAGGUGGUCAAUGGCGGUGGCCAGCCGGAGCAGCAGGUGGUGACCCCGUCGCGGGAGGGUGAGCGGAAAGCGCCUGCCUUGAAGCGUCGCAACUCCAGCACCAAUCCCUUCCUGUGCGAGUCCACCGAGCAGCUGCCCAGUAAUCCCAUUUCCGAACCUCUCAAUGCCACAGUGGCUUCUCUGGAAAGCACCAGCAUUGCUGCACAUGAAAGUACUCCCAUAACUGCGCCUCUGAAGCCGCCAGCUGCGGAUGCGCCACCCAUCACCAUCAGUCACAAUGGCAACCCCUUCGUGGAGAGCCAAAGCCUGUCCAGCAGACUGCUGAAGCUCCACAACACAACGAAUCCAUUCACGGGCAUCUCGCAGCGCGUCAAGGGGCCGCAUCUGCUGCAGAAGACCAUCUCCGAGGAUUAUCUCUUUCGCAAACUGGGCGUCAAUGCUCCGAUGGCCAAUGGCAAUGGUACGGGAACAGGACCAGGAUCGGGUCAUGUCAAUGGGAAUGGCAAUGGCACUUGGUCCUUUGGACGCUCCCUGCUGCGACAGGACUCCACGUUGAGUCUGGGCAUGGGCAUGGGCUUGGGCUUGGGCAGAAGGAACAGCUCGCAGGUGUCCCUGGAUGCAUCACAAGCGGGUUCGAUACCCGGCUCGCUGGAUGGCAUCAAUCUGGAGAGGGCCAUCUCCUGCGACUCGGUAACCUCGGAUUCCACGCUAUUCCUGGAUCAACUGGAUCAGCCCUACACGCAGAUAACCGGCUAUCUGUGCGUUGGCCUUAACUACGAUCAAAUGAGCAUGAGCAACGAGGGCAUGGAACUGACUGUCAGUGUGCUGGAGGCCAAGGGACUCAUAUGUCCCUUCAGCGUCGAGUCGCUCGACACCUUUGUGCGCAUCUACUUGGUGCCCGAUCAUCCGGGCGCCAUGCAAACCAAGGUGGUCAAGGGAGCGCUGACGCCCAACUACAACGAAAGCUUCGAUUUCUGGCUGCAGAAGCGGCAGGCGCGCCACUCGCUGUGGUUCCAUCUGUACCACAACGGCCCCGCCCACACGCUCAUUGGGGAGGCGGAGAUGGAGAUCGGGGAGAUGCCACGCCCCAUCACCACCUGGAUCCCGCUGUCCGAUUCGCGCAAGUGCAACGCCCGCUGGGGCGAGCUGAUGUUCUCGCUCAGCUACCUGCCCACGGCGGAGCGCCUGACCAUCGUGGUGGUCAAGGCGCGGAAUCUCAAGCUGGACGGCAAGCAGCCGGCGCCGGAAGCCGCCGACACGGUGCACAGCGUCUUCGUCAAGGUCUAUCUGAUGGACAAGGAUCGCAAGGUGCUGAAGAAGCGCACCUCGCUGAAGCGCAAGGAUCGCAGUCCGAUCUUCAACGAGUCGAUGAUCUUCAGCGUGCCGCCACCCAGUCUGACCACCACCCAGCUGCGGGUGACCGUCUUCGGGGUGACCACCAGUGGCGGGGUGACCCCACUGGGACACAUCGUGGCCGGCAGCUGUGCGGUGGGCAAGGGCUUGCGCCACUGGCACCAGAUGCUGUCGUCGCUGAGGAAACCGGUGGCCAUGUGGCAUGUCCUGCGGCGGGCGGUCAAUCAGCCGGUUUUCACGGGCGGCGCCGAGGCGGUGGUGGCCGCCAUGCAAAACACCCUGCAACGCUCCACCGCCAAGCGGAACAGCAUCGUCUAGGAGUCUCGUGGAGAUCACAGGCGGUACA